CCGGCCGAGGCAGCGCGGGGGGCGGCGGCGGUCCCUUCGGGCGCGCAGUGCCUGGGCGCCGUGUGCUACGGCUUGUUCUGGGGGGCGCGCAGCUUCGCGCAGGCCAGCGAGGGGUGCGCGGCGGGCGGCGGGCACCUGAUGACGGUGCGCUCGACGGUGGCGGCCGAGGCGGCGGCGGUGCUGCUGGGCGGCCGCGCGGGCGGCGCGUGGCUGGGCCUGCGGCUGCCCGACGGCUCGUCGUGCGUGGAGCCGGCCAAGCAGCUGCGCGGCUUCCUCUGGGUGACGGGCGACGAGCGCACGGACUACGAGGCCUGGGCGGAGGCGGCGGCGCCGGCGUGCGGCCCCCGGUGCGCGCUGCUGACCGAGCGGCUGAGCUGGGAGGAGCGCGCCUGCGACGCCGCCGCCGCCGCCGCCGGCUUCCUCUGCGAGUACAGCUACCCCGCCGGCACGUGCGGCCCGCUGGCGCUCCCCUCGCCCGCGCCCGCCGUCUCCUACCUGACGCCCUUCGGCGCCCGCGAGAGCGAGCUGCUGGCCGCCCCGCCGGGCACGGCGGCCGAGGUGGCCGGCCUGGACGCCCGCCUGGAGUGCGGCGCGCCCGGGGGCGGCCCGGCGCGGUGGGGCUCGGCGGCGCCCGGCGCCUGGGACUGCCGGCUGGAGAACGGCGGCUGCCAGCAGCACUGCGUGGCCUCGGCCGGCGCCCCCCUCUGCAUGUGCAGCGUGGGCUACGCGCUGGGCGCCGACGGGCGGAGCUGCCUGGACGUGGACGACUGCCGGGCCGAGCCGAGCCCUUGCGAGCAGGAGUGCGUGAACACCCAGGGCGGCUUCGAGUGCCGCUGCUAUGAAGCCUAUGAGCUGGUCGAGGGCAGGUGCCUGCUGAGAAAUCGCAAGUGCGAGGAGUUAAUGUGCGAGCACGAAUGCGCAGAUGUCGAGGGAGAGUAUGGGUGCAUCUGCUCUGAAGGCUAUGUGCCCCAUCCCCAAAUGCCGAAUAGGUGUGUGAUGUUCUGCAAUGAGACCAGCUGCCCAGCUGAGUGCGACCCCCACACCGGGGACACCUGCUACUGUGCAGAUGGCUUUAUCUUGCAAGACGACCCAGAUGGGACAAAGGUCUGCGUGGAUAUUGAUGAGUGUGAUUCUGGAAGUUGCCAGAAACUGGAGUGCAUUAACGUGCCAGGCAGCUAUAUGUGUCUCUGUCCAGGUGGGCAGUUGUGCAAGGAACCACCAGAUGAAACAGAGUACUCUGGUGAUGCUGAACCUUAUUCCACACCCUCAGUUCCCUCCUUUAUCCCACCCAAGGAGGAAGAUGCUGGCAGAAGCCAUGGGGUAUUGAUUGCUAUCAUUGUUAGUACCACAUUGAUGGUUAUAGCGUUAGUAGCGAUUUUGUGCUACUUGGUGAAAAAACACUGCACUUUACCCACCGUGAUGGAUUACAAAUGCCAACAACCCGAGACUGGGGUGCCAUUGCAGCAAGUAGUCACCCCAAACAGCGCCUCUUCCUGACGGAAAAUGUGGACCUUCACAUGUGGAGGGAAAGAAGUGGGAAUGGGGGAGAGCUAAAUUAUUUGAAUACUGGAUGGGAAAUGCCUGUGAAUUCCCCUCGGAACCGCUGUGCAAACACCGCUUCUUGAGAGUGGUCCUACAAAUGCCAUGCAUUGAGGUCAAUGUCAGUGUGUGACACUUUCCUGUACAUGAAUCCCAAGGCAAGAGAGAAGGGGCAGCAGGAGGGCGCCUGGACUGCAUUCAGCGCUAGGACUUCUGCUCCAUCUGCUUUUACUCCAGAUGCAGCAUUCAUGAUUUCUUUUUCUCUCUCAACCAGACAUGAAACUAACGGUGCCUUUCUUAUAAAAAUGACUUUUUGUUAGUUUUGAAAACUUGGUUACCUAAAAUAAAAAAUAAUAAAAAGGGGCUGUAUUUUA